AUGACAUCAACGAAUUUCCUAUUGCUCAUGCUUGCUCUCAUCAACAGUGCUCAAUCCAUAGUAGAGUUUGAUAAUCAUAUUCUAGAAGAACCAGAAGUAUCAUGUCAGAGUGGAUUUAUGGCACUGAAAGUGAACACAGAAAAGAGUCCACCGUCUCAUGUAUUCGUCAAAGGUCAUUUCCGAAAGGAAGGCUGCUCGUUUUCAAAUACCGCCAAUGCCACAUUCGAUUUCUCCAAAUGCGAUGUUAUGAGGCAAAGAGAGGCUAACCCGAAAGGAAUGGCUUACACUGCUACCGUAGUCGUUCAAUUCCAUCCUCUCUUCACCACAAAAGUCGAUAGAGCCUACAAACUUCGCUGUUUCUACAAGGAAGCCGAGAAAUCCGUUGGGGCUGAGGUUUCCGUCAGUGAUCCGACACCAAUUCAAUUGGAAGAUGAAUCUCCUCAACCAACAUGCUCAUACACAAUUCACAAAGAGUCCCCAAACGGUCCGAUCGCAAAAUUUGCCCAGCUAGGAGACGUUCUGUAUCAUGUAUGGGAAUGUGAUUCUGAGACUUAUCAGAUGGAAGUUUACAAUUGUGACGUCAUCGGAGGAGAAGAAUACAGUAAGAAAGUUAUUGGAGAGAAUGGAUGUUCAGAGGAUAUCUACAUUAUGCCAAAUCUCAUUUAUAACGAAAACCGAACCAAGGCUUUUGUGAACUCCAAUGCUUUCAAUUUUCCCGAUCAAAACAAUGUCAGAAUCAGUUGCAAAAUCAGUGUAUGUGCUACAUUGAGUGGAACUUGCCAUCAGCCAAAAUGUGAUGCUUCUGCUUCCUCAAUCGAUGAAAUCUCUCCAAUUGGAAGAGAACUCGCUAGAGACGAACUUAUUACAACACCAAUGCCAACGUCUUCGGAGCUUCCAUCAAGCACUUCUGCACCAUCCACCACCACGACGUCAGCCUCUACGACGACAUCAGCUCCUACCACUACCACCACUACCGUGACGACAACAACCGAACUACCAACGACAACGAUGACUCAAGUACUUGAUCCAACAACUACAGUAACCCUUCCAACUGACUUCCCAACUCCUGAUUCCAUCUUCCGAUUACUAAAGGCUUCAAGAAAGAAUUCAAGCGUGUUGGAAGAUGAGGAAGGAUCUGGAGUUGAGAUUGUGAAUGCCACUGCACCACGUGCUGAAGCUCAACAUAUGACGUCUUCUGAAGAGCCAAGAACAACGAAACGGGAAAUCAAGAGAAGAGAUGCAAUGGACGUUGAUGUCUCUUCUGACAUCACUAUUCUGGAUAGCGCUUUUGGUAAGUCAAAAGACCUUUCCGUUGCGUGUACAUUUCCUCUCAACCCCCCUUUAAAAUGCUUUAUUUUCAUUCAAUUUUUUUACAUAUUUUUCUUUUCAAAACAUGGUUCUUCUUCUUUUUCGUAUUUCAUUACGUUUCCAGCACAGAAUUCUCGAAUAUUUCAAAUUUCAUUGAAAUUUAGAACCUUAUCCUCUGAAUCCACAAAUCAAUGUAUCAUCAACCAACCAGGAAAAGAGCAAUGUGUUUCUGACAUUUGCUUCUCUCAUUUUCACCAAACUUCAGAAGGAGAUGUCGAGAAAUUCGAUUGUGAGGAAGAAUCUUCCAAGCUGAACAAGUCUUCUUGUUCACAACUUCUCAGACACCACUCAACGUCUUCGAUUUGUCUGGGAGAAGGAAACGAGACUCAUUGCUGCUGUUUUUCCUCCAACCCUGCUGAAAUCUGUGCUUCAGAAAAAAGGAAUACCGCAGAGUUGACACAAUUAUGGACGGUCCAGCAAAUCUGGUUUUUGAUAUUUGGGCAUAUAGGAAUGAGUGGAAUCGUUUUGGUUCUCGUUUUGUUUUAUAAGAAAACCGUUGAUUGUUGGCCAAUGGAUAAUAUUGUGAUACCGGAAGGAAGCAGAAUGACUUCGAUUCUAUUGGCAAAAUCGAUAUCAGGACUUGGUCCAUCUCUCUAUUUCUCCUUCCCGCUUACAUUUUUCUUACUUGAUUUCGGACUAUUCAUCCACGUUAAAUCUGUGAAAUUCAUCAACAAUGGAGCACUGGCACUAUCGGUUUUCAAAUUAGUCACAGUUCCUGUCUUUGUUUAUGAAUGUUUCCUAUCAACUGUUGAUUUAUGGAAUAAGGAUCACGAGCCGGGAUACUGUAGAUUCAACGGAGCUAUUUGGCAGUUUAUGGUU